UUGCCUCACCUCCUCUCCUGGUCCACGGGGGAGCGCGCUUGUAAGCUGAUUUGACCCGGGGAUGUGAAUACCUCUCCGGGAUUAGAAGGUUAUUGGGUGAACGACAAUGCCCCGUGGCUCGGUCCUGCUAUUGUUCGUGUGGCGGCGGACGCACGGUACCCGCUCUCCCGCGGUUCAUCUCCAGUAGCUGUUCAGCCUCUGCCCCUGUGUGUCCUCGCUGCUUCGCUCCGGUCUCCCUCCCAGUGUGGAUAGGAUAAUAUGACUUCCUGGCUCCGCACAUACGGCAGCGUCCCACUGUGUCUCCUGCUGUGCUGCGUUGUGGUCGCUGUCUGCGCAGAAGCCUCCGAUGCAGGUGACAGUGUGUGUUGGUCUCCUAGUAUCACUUCUUGUACAGAGUGUCUCAGACGUGGACCACAGUGUGCCUGGUGCUUCAAGGAGGACUUUCAGGAUGGGUUGUGGCCAGGCCAGCGCUGCAACCUGCCAGUGAACCUGCUCAGAAGAGGCUGUGGACCGGAGUUCAUGGAGCAGUCCGAGAUCAAGGUGGAGGUUAACGCCACCAUCAGCAGCACACAAGUCUCCCCACAAGACAUCAGUAUCACCCUCAGACCAGGUUCAGAGGCCAGCUUCAUAAUAGCUGUGAAGCAGAUGGAGCGUUACCCUGUGGAUCUGUACUACCUGGUGGAUGUAUCGGCUUCUAUGCAGGAAAACCUGGAUCAUCUGAAGACAGUGGGUGUAGCCCUGUCUCUACGUAUGACGGAGCACUCCUCAGACCUUUGGCUGGGUUUCGGCUCGUUCGUGGACAAACCUGUCUCCCCUUACAUAAAUGUCCAUCCUUCCAAGAUCAACAACCCCUGCAGUGAUUAUGAGAUCCGCUGUCGUCCAGCCCAUGGCUACCACCACGUCCUAAGCAUGACAGGAAAUAUGAGCGAGUUCACACGUGUAAUCAAACGCCAGCGCAUCUCCGGAAACAUGGACACACCAGAGGGAGGGCUGGAUGCUAUGCUGCAAGCAGCUGUCUGCCAGAGGGCGGUGGGUUGGCGAGCAGACGCCAAACGUCUGUUGCUCCUGAUGACUGACCAGCCAUCUCACCUCGCCCUUGACAGCCGGCUGGCAGGGAUUGUCACACCACAUGAUGGCCUGUGUCACCUGGAGAACAACAUCUACACAGGGAGCACCAGGAUGGACCAUCCUAGUGUGGGUCAGCUGUCUGAUAAGCUGCUUGAAAACCAUAUCUACUCCAUCUUUGCUGUGGAGAAGCAGCAGUACCAGUGGUACGAGGAGUUGGUGCGCUUGCUACCUGGCUCCUACCUGGGAAAAUUAGGCCUCUUCCAUGCUCCAAACCUAAUAGAGCUGGUGGUGGACUCAUACAAGAGGUUGUUGUCAGAGGUGGCGGUAGCAGUGUCAGUGGAGGACAAGGCAGUCAGCAGGUACUGGGUGUCUGUGUCUCCUCUCUGUCCUGACGGGUCCACUGCCAAGGACCAGAGCUGCUCAGGGGUGCAGCCUGACCAGACGGUUUACUUCAAUGUCACCAUUGGCCUGCGCUCUUGUCCUGAUGACGGUGAAGAUGAAGAUGUACGAGCGAUGGUUCGCCCUGUGGGUUACAACGAAUCCACUGUCAUCAAGAUUCACUCUAAAUGUCGCUGCAGUUGUGGACCAACCAGGCGCUGUCAUGACGACAGCCAAUCUCCAUGUACAGGGACCCAAGACGGCGCCAAUCAGGAGCAGAGACCAGAUCAUGGGCUGACUAACCACUCAAACACAGAUUCAAACUGGAAAUGCAGAGCCAAUGGGUCUGAUGUGGACUGCAGUGGUCGGGGAGUGUGUGAGUGCGGGAGGUGUGUGUGUGAACAGAGCAGGCUCGGGUCAGUAUAUGGGAAAUACUGCGAGAGAGACGACUUCUCCUGCCCGUAUGAAGGGGGACUUCUCUGUGGAGGACGGGGUGUGUGUGUGUCAGGUGAAUGUGUGUGUGAGGAUGGCUGGACAGGCGAUAGCUGCGGUUGUCCCGUCUCCAAAACGUCCUGCCUAUCAGCCAGUGGCUUGUUGUGCAGCGGGCAGGGAAGAUGUGUGUGUGGCAAGUGUGUGUGUGAUGAUCCCCGAUACUCUGGAGACUUCUGUGAGAGAUGUCCUGCUUGCCAAAGCACUUGCCAGUCAUACUGGAAGUGUGUGGACUGCCACCUGUCUCAUGGUCUCACACAAAAAGAGGCGGGACAAUGCAAUGGCACCUGUGCACCAUUGGUGGGCUACAUGGAUAAUGUAUCAGGUCAAGGAGGGGAGAUAUGGAUUCAUUGUAUGUACAUCAGCAAUGACAGCUGUCGCUAUCGCUUUCAAACCAGCUCACAGUCUGGUCAGACCCUGCUUCGCAUUAGCACAAGACCAGAGUGUGCCAGCACUAGCCGCCUGGUAGGAACAUUCCUCAGUGUGUGUGCUCUCACCGUGCUGUGUGGGUUGGUGGUGGUCGCCAUGUCUCGGUUGCUUCUACAGAAAAAAUCCUGGUCACCAGGGGACGCUGCUGAGGAUGGAGUUUAUCACUGCACUGGAAAGGAUCUGUCAUACAUUCCUACAACCAAUGAGAAGACGGUUACCUACAGGAGGGACCAUCCACCUGACUGUCUCAUGGAGAUGCACAUUCAGGUUCCCAAGAUGCCCCUUGGUGACCCCUGGUAGUGCUAGCCAGAGGUCAGAGGUCAUGGUCCAAAGGAAGUCAGUAGAGACAUAUAGAAGAGGGGCUGGACUAAAGGCUUCUUUUCUGUCCAGUUACCCUUCCUAAAACGUCUACCAGCUGUAUGUGGAAUGGAAACACAUUUGUAAAGUGAACUGACCAAACCCUCAUAAGCUGUGUGACUAAUGUGACCAGUAUCCUGGAAAUUGAGAUGACAGCAAAGAGCACAAGUCCCCCACCUCUUCUUCCUCUGUAGCAGCAGCGAGGCUAUUUCUCCUACAGGGUAAAGGGUGAUCCUUCCUUACUUUUUAGCCAUGCAGCAAUUACUGCUCUAACUUAUGAAUGCAUGUGUGUGUGUGCGCAUGUGUGUGUGUGUGUGCUUGUGUGUGUGUGUGUGUGUGUGUGUGUGUGUGUGUGUGUGUGUGUGUGGUGCAGGUAGAUGCGUUUAUGCUCUAUCUAGGCUUACUAUUUAUAAUUUUAAAGUAAAAACACUACAUAUUUUAGUCUCAUGUGACUGUGUGACACUCCAACGUUUCAAUUGUACUGUCUACCUGUCCUAGUCUGCCUCCUUGUGGCCAGCUUGAGGUAUGAAAUUUUUCUCUCAAAUAAUACUGUCUACACAUUGCUGACCUCAGCUGUAUUGUCUUGGGAUGUAGUUCAUGAAGCACACCAGUGACUCUGUAUCCUCUUUUAUGUUUUUCUUUGUGUAGAUUUUCAGUCAUUUGUGUCAUAUCUGGUCUUAUAGUAUCUUUUAAAUGUUUCUUCUUUGCAUUUUGUUUUUGUUAACCGAUCAACUGCAUUGCAAAUUAGUGUUAUUUUAUAGUAUUUUUCUAUCAUGAUAAGUGAGAAUAUAGUUUCAUAUGAUUGUAAAUUGUUAAUAAUCUGGUUAGACUUGCACUAGAACAAUUGUUUUGCAUUAUACUACUGAAAACUUCGGGGUCUCUGGGGCGAGAGAACUGUAAUGGUGGGUCUGAAAUGAUUUGAUUCCUAUAUGUUGGGCAUUAGAAGGCAACUAAGUGCAUUUGAAGCUAAUGUAACAAAACCACAACACUGGAAUGACAAUGGACUGAAAAUCCAUAGGUAAAAUACAGACAUACCGAUAAUUAAUGGCAACUGCAUCAUCAAACGCCUGAACACGUGACCUCUAUAACAGAGACAGAACUCUGUGUGCAUGCAUCUGCUGAUCAUCCCAGAGGCAUAACUGCUGAGAAAUGUAGAUAAACUGACACGCUUAGACUCUGAGACCAGCUCCUGGGCAAAGGUACGAAUCAGCUCCAAAGGUACUGAGAUUGGAGGUGGAGUUACACUCCUCACACUCCUCAUGCACUAGAUCCUCUGGAUCCAGAGUGCCAGUUGCAUGGCAUCUUGUGAGACUUUUGCUUGCCUAUUCCUGUUCCUUUUUUUUGUGAUCCUUAUUUAACGCAAUAUUGUUUACAGCAAUAGCUGCUCUAUUUUUCUGUAAGUCAGGAACACUAAUGAUUAUUUAUUGUGAUUUUAUUAUUUUUUUUCUUUUAUUUUGUUAUGUUAAUUGUGUUAUUUUAUGACAAGGCUACUUGAGUAACUGGUAGUAAGUACUGGUGUGUGUUUAUGAAGUGUGGUCUCUAUUCCUAACCAUGAGAAUAAUUCAGCAAUAAGUAAUAAUCAUCUCAUCUUACCGGGCACUCAGUUCGGGGUAACAACAGCACUUUUUUUUGUAGUUUUGCUGUCAAUUAAUGUGACUAGUUGUGUAGCACGAAUUAUUUCAUCAAAAU